GCUUUCGCUUGUUCUUGUUGAGAUUUCGAUUUUCGGCAUUUAGUGUUGUAGUUUCUUAUUUGAAUAUUUAAAAUUUGAACUAGGUAUAUGGACUAUUAUAUUAACAAUAUGCAAUAUUCUUCCUUCUAUUUCUAUUAGUGUGUGCACUCAGACAAAAAUGCCACCCAUAAACUCAAAGUCGAAAAAAGGAGGUGCCGAAUACGAGAAUGUGAUGGUGAAUAAAUGCACAGCCUUGGACUUUGAGCGUUAUAUACAAGAAAACAAAACAUUGCUAUUGAAUGACCCGCUCAGGGACAUCCUGUUGUACCCUACUGAUGAUGUUUCUAGUGUAGUCCUCCCACGUCGCUGGCGCACGGUCACAACCGCGGUGCCGGACGUGCGGACCGCGGCCACCUGCCCCCUGCUCACUCGACAAGCCCUUCUCAGCUAUGCGUCCAGUUGGAACCUCAUCCACUUCAAGUAUACCGGCUACUCUGGCUCCUUCCUCAACUUGCCAAGACCUUUAACCAAUCAGCUGCCAGAAGAAGUCUAUGACAUAGAUGCUGAGACCGAAAGUGACAAUGAAGGUCAAGCCGCAAAAGUGGACAUUGGCACCAAAGAGGGUUACCUUCUCAAGGGCCCGGAGAUAGGAUCCGACAGAAUCUUCAGUAACCUGGCGUCCAAAUCCUUCAAGAAACGAUACUGCUCAAUGCUCAGAGAGGCGGAUGGUACUUAUAUUCUAGAAGUGUACAAAGACGAGAAGAAAACUGAUACAAAGCUCACGAUUGUUAUGGACUUUUGUUCGGAUGUUGUUAGGAAUCAGAAACGCGGGCGAUAUUGCUUUGAGUUACGCAUGGCUGGCGGUAAAGGGUACACAUUUGCAACCGAAAACGAAGAGGACAUGAACGACUGGAUAGCCGCUUUCAAUGCAGCGUUGAAGAAAAAGUUGGACAGUUCAGAGGAACAGCAAAGCGAUGAGGUUUUAGACAAAGACGCAGAUGUGUCCCUAACAGCGGAGCCCCCUCCCCCCACCUACGGGACCCUCAAGGGCCUGGAGCACAGCAUGAACCCGCUGCUCAUGCGGUACUCCAGGGAAACGGACAUGUCGAUAGCCGCGGCGCGCAACGAGUGUCGCUCGAACAUAUUCAGCUUGCCGUACAAGAGGGCCCCCGAGCCAGAGCCACAGUUGGAGCCGUUCAAAGAACACUUUGGCCAAAGAAUAUUGCUCAAAUGCGAAAGUUUAAAGUUUAGGUUACAAGCGCCGAUAGAUGGCGACAAAGAGUUGUUGUGUCAAGUGGAACCUUACUACACUCAUCUGGCAUUAUACGACGCUAGGAGCGGUAGAAAACUAACUGAAAAUUUCCAUUUCGAUUUGAACCACGAAGCGGUGAAGGAUCUAGUCAAAGAUGAUGAGUGCACCAAGUCGUUAGUAGAGAAUUUUAGCUACGAUGUUAAGUUAGAUGUUAAACAAAUACCGGAUGAAUGGUAUAGAUCAAAGAAACAGGUUGUUCUAUCUGUAAACAAUCCCCACCCAGACCUGUUUCUGGUGGUGAGAAUAGACAAAAUACUUCAAGGGCAUGUGAGCCAAGUUCUGGAACCUUACCAAAAAGCCACUAAGGACCCUCGAUUGGGGCUAAAAGUCCAUAAAACUGUGCAAGCCUACGCCAAUAGAGUCGGCAGUUAUAGAAUGCCGUUUGCUUGGACUGCGAAACCUUUAUUUAGAAUGUAUAGCAACGAUUUGGACACGACUCCCGAGUUUUCCGCUAUCUACCGACAGGAGCCUAACAAGAUGGCGGAUGACGAUCUCCUGAAAAUCCUGUCAGAUUUCCGCAAACCAGAGAAGCUGGCUAAACUAACUGUGAUACCGGGAUGGCUCAGUAUUGUGGUACAACAGUGCAAUGAACAAAUACCAAAUUGCAUGACAAGUGCUUACGCGGCGUUGAAACCAUUCCCACUACCUCCUUCAUCGCCGCUCACGUUAGAACUGGCGACACUGAACGUGGACCCGGAGCAGCCGUACGCAGCGUACAUCCACCAUUUAUACGUGCGACCGCUGUCUUUGAAUUUCGAAUCGCAGAAAAUGUUCGCGCGGGCGAGGAAUAUCGCUUGCUCUAUUGAAUUGCGCGAUAGCGAUACUGGUGAAAAUACGCCCUUGCAGGUGGUGUACGGAAGAACGGGUAUGACGUCACAAUACCGAUGUUCAGUACUGCAUCACAACGCCAACCCCACGUGGAGCGACGAAGCCAAGAUCCGUCUUCCAGCCACUAUAACGCCGGCACAUCAUCUGCUAUUCACAUUUCAUCAUAUCUCCUGUGACAUUGCUAAGAAGAACGACGCUAACGUGGAAACUUGUAUUGGAUAUGCUUGGGUGCCAUUACUGAAGAACGAUAAGUUUGUAGAUGAAAUUGUUCUUCUACCGAUUGCAACGCACCUGCCAUCGGGAUAUCUUGCUAUUCAGCCCUUGGGAUUAGGGAAAGGGAACACCGGGCCAGAAGUAGUGUGGGUUGAAGCCGAGAAGCAACUGUUCCGAUGUCAACUAGUCCUGGAUUCCACUGUGGCCACCCGGGACACCCACCUCCACAACUUGUUCAGCCAGGCCGAGAGGCUGAUCCGCUGCAGUUCUCCCCCCACGUCCCCCUCCCCGCCGCCCUGGAAUGACGUCUGCAACGCGUUGAAAGCGGCACAUGCUGUGAAACUCAGUUCGCUUAUCGCCUUCUUACCAACUAUUUUCAAUCAGCUGUUCGAGUUGAUGACCUAUGAAAAAAGCUACACUCAGGACAUGGGCUAUCAAAUCGUGAAGCUGAUUGUGCAUUUUGUCCAUAUGAUACAUGAUUACGGGCGAAAGGACCUACUUGAUAGUUACGUAAAGUACGUUUUCAACUGCGUAGAGUUCAAACUGCACACAGUAUUGACGGCGCCUCUUCACAUGUUCGUCGACCCAAACCAGCAAGACUUCUUACUGGGACACAAGUUCAUGCAAUACUCCAGUUUCUUCUUCGAUAUUAUUGUAAAAAGCAUGGCUCAGUAUCUUAUCAAUACGGGGAGGAUAAAGAUGUCAAGAAACGAAAGGUUUCAUGCGGAUCUAUUAGAAAACAUAGACAAACUUUUCAGCGUUGUGGAGCCGGCGUAUAUUCUGCAGCAGCCUAUGCAGACGCAUAUUUUUAACAAGAACUUAGCUCUCUUUCUGAAGUCAUGUUUAUCAUUCAUGGACCGCGGGUUUGUAUUUCGCCAAAUAAAGAAAUACUUGGACAAGUUCAAGGCGUGUGACCCUAAAGCGCUGUUCGACUUCAAGUUUACGUUCCUACAAACUAUUUGCUCACACGAACACUUUGUACCGUUCAACUUGCCAUUACAAGCCAAUGUCCUUGCCAAAGAUUGUGACGAAGAUCCGACGCGAUUGUGUCUGACAGAAGAGUUCAUAAUGCGUCAUUUUCUUGCCGGGAAUCUUUUAAAACAGGUAGAACAAUCUCUUAGAGAGGCUCCACAAAAACGUCGAGUAGCUUUAGGAGUGUUGCGGUGUUUGCUCACCAAACAUGAACACGACGACCGAUACCGCACGCGACAAUGUCGCGCCCGCCUCGCUAUGUUGUACGCGCCGUGGAUGACCGUCGUUUUAGAAAAUGCCCACCGUCUUGUAACGAAAACUCUCGCUAGCCCCGUGAUAGAAAACGACCAUGAUAAAAUUGACGGUGACGGUACUGCCAACCUGGCGGUCAACGUUCAAAAGGAAAUGACGUCAGCGAGUAGUACGCCAAGGAGGAACCGAUUGACUUUACAUUUUGACCACACGCCUAUAAGAAAUUCGGCUCAUUUCAAAGACCCGCCCGUCAUACAGAAUCAUAUGUAUGUAAAAGAUCACGCAAACAAUAUAUCACAAAGUUCACUAGAGUCUGUAUCGACUAUGUCCGGAGGGGACUCGCUUCCAAGGAACGUGGGGCGGCUAGAUUUGACGGAGAUCGGGGAUCAAGUCAACAGAUUCGGUGUGAUGUCAGCCGAGGAGGUGCGCGAUGUGCUUUUGUGUUUCCUGUUUGUGUUGAAGUACCUGGACGAGGACCGGCUGGUGGAAUGGUGGAAGACCCAUACGCCGGCGCAGCAGCAGUCCUUCUUCAAUGUUUUAGAAAUAUGCGCCGAACAAUUUCAAUACGUGGGUCGCAAACGAAUUCUAUCUGAACUGAAAACGUCUACACCUGACAGUAAUGGUAAACCCAAACCGAUCAAAGCGAGAACAUUACCCGCCAGGAUGAGUCCACCAGACUUCUCUAAAGAGCCGCCAAUUAUUGUGGAGAAGAAUAACACUGUCAAUAGAGAGAAUCUCGUGCCUACAACUGUGACUUCAGAACUGGAGUGCAUUGCCGAGCACACGGUUCUCUCAGCGGGAUGUCUCGCCACAGAAGUGGGAUUAACCCUAAUAGACCGAUCCUGCCUCUUCAUGAAGAACAUGGGCGCUGUUGAUGGCCUCGCCGCAAAACCCUACCUCAAACUAUUACAGUUCCCGCAGAGCGAGACACUGUAUAAACAUCUAUUUGCUGCUCUCAGAGCGUAUAUCAACCAGUUUUCUGAGACGUUAUUCGAAGGUGGCAGCACUUUAUGCGCAGGAGUGGUCAGCGCGGUGGUGAAAUUGUGCGAAGCGCGAGCUGCGUGGCUGCGGAGAGAAGCUGCCGCCGCGUUGUAUUUACUCAUGCGCGCUAAUUUCCAACAUGGCGCGGGCGGAAAUCUCACCAGGGUUCAUUUACAGGUGAUCAUAGCAGUGUCCAAAUUGCUUGACAAUUCGACGGCUCUCAAUUGCAAGCGAUUCCAAGAAUCUCUGUCUGUGAUCAACUGUUUUGCGACCGGCGAUAAAGCUAUGAAGGGAACGGGACUAUCAAACGAAGUAGCAGAACUCAUGAGGCGAGUACGCACUGUAGUAGGCGCAAGAGCGAGAUUAGCAGGAGGAGGGGGAUCAGGCGGCGUGCAACUCGCGGAGUUACAGCUGUCGCUGGCGGCGUCGUGUCGCGCGACGCCGCGACUGCGACACGCGUGGCUCGCCACGCUGGCCGACCACAACGCCAGGCUCGGGGACCACGACGAGGCAAUGUGUUGCCAGUUGCACAUAGCAGCGCUAAUAGCAGAGUAUCUGAAACUGCGCGGAACACAAACGUGGGGAUCUGACGAGUUCGCAGAGAUAUCAAAGAACAUACCCCGCGACGAGACCGGGCUCAAGAUCGAUGAGGGUAUGGUCGAGGUGCAUUACAACGAGCAAGCUCUCCUGGAUCAACUGAUGAUCUGCACAGAAUACAUUGACAAAGCGGAGCGUUACGAACUGUUGGGCCCACUUUAUCGCCUCAUCGUUCCAAUAUACGAACGCCGCAAAGACUAUCAAGCUCUCCUCACAUGUUACCAACACCUGACCAAAGCCUAUGCCAAAAUUAUCGAAGUUACAAAUUCAGGGAAACGACUCCUUGGCAGAUUUUACCGAGUAGCUUUCUUCGGGAAGGCCCAUUUCGGGGAAGACGAGGAAGGAAUCGAAUUCAUCUAUAAAGAACCGAAGAUAACUUCUCUGAGCGAGAUAUCAGAGAAGUUACAAAAUUUCUACGAACAAAAAUUCGGUGUUGGCAAUUUGAAAAUGAUCAUGGAUUCGGCACCGGUGAACCGAGACGAGUUGGACAGCAAACUAGCAUACAUUCAAGUGACGUGGGUUCGACCAGCGCCCUGUGGCGUAGCUACUGCUAGUGCCAGCACCGAGGGCUCAUUCGAAAGGGUUCACAACGUUAAGCGGUUCAUGUUCGAGACGCCCUUCACUAGGGACGGUGCGGCCAGGGGGCCAGUGCAUCAUCAAAGGCUACGGAUCACAACACUAACUACUGAAAGCUGGUUCCCGUACGUCAAACGUCGUGUACCAGUGGUGGAGACGCAAGUUGAAGAAAAGAGUCCUAUAGAGGUGGCCGUCGCUGAGAUGGAAAGCCAGGUUACUGAGCUGACGGAAAUCGUCAACGCGAAGGCGCCAGAUAUAAAGAAACUACAAUUAAGGCUACAAGGCAGUGUGUGCGUACAAGUCAACGCCGGACCACUCGCUUACGCGAACGCUUUUCUCGACCCCACACUGGCGCCCAUGUACCCCGACGAGUUGGUGGACAAACUGAAAACUACAUUCAAAGAGUUCCUAACAAUAUGCCAUUCAGCCCUGCAACUGAACGCCAAGCUCAUCAGUUCAGACCAAGUCACUUAUCACGAGGCGUUGGAGUCCAAUUAUUAUAAACUAAGUGAUUCACUGUCCUCCAUGUUGGGACAGCCGUUACAUGAUAUACUAGUCAACGGAAACCUUAGCACUACCGUCACUGGCGUCGAGUUGGAAUCAAGCAAUGCGUAAGCUCUGGAACUUUCUAGAAAACUACUUAGCGUAUUUGUGGCUCACAUACCCCGAUGUGUGUCUUCAGCUUUAUAUCUAUGACCAGACUAAACUUUCAAUUGCUCAUCUUUCCAUAUUUACCGUUGUACAACUAGUAUAGUACACUUUUUAUCUAGCCUCUGCGUUUUAACAGCCGGAUACUUAAGAGCUUCUACUCAAGAGAGAGCUAGUUCAGAAAAAUAUGAUUCACCAGAACCAAUUCCGCAUUAAGAAAAUAAGUGUGUUAACAUUUAGUAAAGUUGUUAAUAUCUGACAACAUAACAAUAACAAGUACGUACUCGUUUUUCGAGUGAUGGCUCAAAAGUUUUAAAUCUUUAUUUAAAAAAGAAGCUAGCUGAAUUAUGACUGAUCUAUAUGACACAGCCAAAACUACAGGGCGGUGUUUCUUAGAAACUAAAAGAAAAGGAAAAUAUGGCAAAAUGCUAGUUAAUUGUAUUGAUAUUAAAAAGAUAUCCAUAGUUCUCUUAAUAAAUUCGACGGGUUCAAAUAAUGCAUUUUUUAGAUAUCUUUUGUAAGUAAAUAACUAUAACUUAAAAAACCACAUACCAUGUAAGUUAAAACAACAAAUCCAUAUCAAAGGUAUGGCAUUUUCAUACAUGAGAAAAGAAAAGUGCCAUGAGGUUAUUUUGAGAAUUUUAAUAGUUGAAUAGUCAAUUAAAAAUUCCAUCCGGACUGGCGCUUACGCACUCUCUCUUUUGAUUUAAAUAAAACAAACAAUUUUAUAUGCGACAUUUUACACUGGAACAAAUAUUAUAAAGCACAAAUUUUGAACAUACAUAGAUAGGAUUUUGAACGUUUUGUAGAUGAUCCUAAGAUUAAGUCAGUAGUGAAAUGUUACUACGAUUGCCAUGCUUAUAUAUAUUGUAGUCUUUUAAGAUGUGUACUAACCAUUUUCACGUUGAAUCUCAUAGUUCAUUUGUGUCCUGUAAAUCAUAAACAUGUAAGUUUGCGUUGGUACUCUGAGAAGAAAACUGACUCAAUUCCCGAGUCAGAUAAUUGAUCAAAUUUCCCUCUCUAAGUGGUUUUAUAGUAAAUAAUGACAAUAUUUGAUAACAUAUCCUUGAGAAGGAAGCAUAACUUUAAGCAAGCAAGUUAAAUUAUUCUUAAUAAAAAGAAAUAAAGACUCAAUUGAUGUCUGAUACUGUAAUUGGCACAGAGUAGCUACAGCGUUCUCGCUUGCUCUAUGUCAAAUAUUAUUAACAUACUUGCCACAAACAAAACUCGCCAUGGUCACUUAAACGAGUCUAUACUAUAUUUAUAUCAUCCGCAUCAUUUUAAAGAAGUAGUAAAUUAUUUUCGGGUCCUUAAACUAUUAUCCAUAGGACAAUAUAUCAAUCUAUUACGUGAUAAUAGCUAGAUUGCAAUAAAUUUGAUAAAGUAACAAUUUAAGAAUUAUUUUUUUCUAUAUACAUAGGUACUACAAACUUGUUUCGUAUUUUUUUCGUUUUGUGUAUAAUUUUGAAUACUGUUUGUAGUAUUCAAUACCGCUGACUUAUUUAUUAUUUAGCAAUAUUUUUAUUUUAAUGUUAAUACGUAAUUUACUCUAUUUUAAGAUUUGAAAAGCCCAACGCGCAACUACUGUUCAAUGAAAAAAAUAUUUAAUUGUGUUUUUAAAUAUAUUAACGCUUGGAAUAAUUUUAUUACGUUGUUUUAAAAGGAAUUGAAACGAGGUUAAUGCACAAAGAUUUUAUGUCUGUUUAAUUUAUUUUGUUAUCUUUUGAUUAUUUACGUACAAGUCUUAGAAAUAAUGCAUCCGUAUAUUUUGUUGUUAGAUUAUGUGAUAGUAACUACCGAUUUUGUCCCUAUUUGCUAUUUUGAUUAAGACACCCUUGAAGGAUCAAGGUUUUACAAAAUACUUUUUCUGAAUUAAUUUAUUUUAAUUAUUACUUGUGGAUUUAAUUAAAUUAUUAAUUAUUUUGGAGUUGUGUUUUUGAAAGUCAAAAGCAAUGUUUGGAUGGCGCUGUUAUAUUUUUCUUAUAUUAAAAAUACUUAUGUCAAUGGGUUUCAUUUAAAUUCAGGUUUUCACUUCUGCUGGCACUAUCGGGAUGGAAUUCGUUGCUUUUUUUAUUUGAUUCUUACACUUUUCGUUCCGCAGUGCUCUGUAAUGACAAGGUGACUAUUCGAUUUUAUCAUAGAAUUCGAAAUAAAAUAAGAAUAUGUUAAAAUGAUUAGUACUGUUCAAUUUGACGUCACAACUUUAAUACUACGCACAAACCGUAUACGAUGCAAGAUGACGAUGAUUUACCUUUAAAGGAAAAUAUGUAUUUUUUAUUGUCUCAGUUUAUUCCGAUUUCUAUGAUUUUUAUCUAACAUAUUCUAGCCAUUUAUUGUUAGUACCUGGAAAAGAAAAUUUAAAAUACUCUGUUCAUUCCACUUUUUUAUUUAACUGAUUAUUAUUUUAUUUGUAAAUAGGAUUUGUAUUUAAUUGUUUUAUUUUAGUGUGAAAAGACACACGUUAGACUUGUUUUAAUAUCGGGACCUUUUUAUUCUGGCAAUACUGAAAAUUUUGUUUUACAAUAGAAAGCAUUUAUUAUGUACUUAAGACUACUUAAGAAGACAAGUCUUUUUAUUAAUGAUGAUAUAAAUCACAACAACGUCAUAAAUUGUAAAGUAUAGGGAAAAUACAAUUGUAAUUUUUUUAUUUGUCACAUAAUGAUUACACAGCAAUAUGAUAACUUUUGUAUCUUCUUAUAAUAUAUA